AGAAACUAAGCUACAAUUUCUUUGCAUCAUUAUGUUCAAAUGGAUAUCAAAGGAUCAACCAAACGGCAAUUAUAUUGUUUUUGAAUCAUACACGUUAAAAGAUGAGAAAUCUAUGCCUAAACUGUUUAUAUUUAAUUUUUAAAAAAAUACCGAACAUCGAAACUGUGGUGCCAUUUAGAAGUCUCGCAACUAAGGAGAAAUAACGAGACUUGCAAAAAUGGCAGCUGGUUGUUGUGGAGUAAAAAAACAAAAAUUGAACAAUUCUUUGCCCUCUACCUGCUGUAAUGGGGCGAUUCAUCCAGGUAAUGGAUUCCGGAACGAUUUAACCAUCCGUCCUGAGAUGGUUGGUUUCUGUUUUGACGUUAUAUACUGUCAUUUGAACGGAUACGAGCUGCCUAAGCAACCGAACUUCACGAACGAGGCUUUUCCGCUUUUCGUUACGUGGAAAAUUGGCAGGGACAGACGACUCAGGGGUUGUAUGGGGACAUUUUCCCCCAUGCAUUUACACAGUGGUCUUAAAGAAUAUGCUAUAACAAGCGCAACAAAAGAUAGUAGAUUUAGUCCUAUAGGUAGAGAUGAGAUUCAACGUCUCCAUUGCUCAGUUUCAAUCCUCACUAAGUUUGAAGAAGCGGAGGACUUUAUGGAUUGGGAGGUAGGCACCCAUGGUAUACGAAUAGAAUUUCUUAAUGAGAAAGGUCACAAGAAAACUGCUACAUACCUGCCUGAAGUUGCCCCUGAACAAGACUGGGAUAGAAUACAAACAAUUGAUUCACUUUUACGUAAAGGGGGUUACAAAGCCCCCAUAACGCAAGAAGUGAGAAAAUCCAUCCGUCUAACUAGAUAUCGUAGCGAAAAAAUAACUAUAAGCUACGUGGACCACUGCAAUAGUAAACAAAAUGGCCACUCGAGCCAUAUGAAUGGACACGUGUGAUGAGGAUUUGUACAGUCUUUGGGAAAUGGCGACUUUUUCAAUUGGAUCUGUUGUCAAUAUUUUAAGAAUUCUGUUGAGUAAAAUAUCUGGGGUUUUUACUCACUAGGUUUGAGUAAGAUAAUUUUUCUUCUUUUGUUAGAGCAGGUAUUUUAUUUUUUUGAUGGUAUAAAUGUUUAGAUUUUUGAAUUAUGCCAAGAAUUGUUGUAACUUGUGCCAUGAAGGUAAUUUUUUUUGAUUAUCGACUGAUCAAAGUUUGCGUUUUGAUACUAAAUGCUACUGUCACUUUUUCAAAUUUUGUAAAUUUAACUGAUUUUCUGUUCAUGAUUACCGAUGAACAAAACAAAAAAAAAGAGUAAAGCAAAGUCAUUUUAUUUACAUAUUAAGAAGCUGCAAGAAUUCAGAUUCAAUCUUGAUUUAAAUGUGAAGAAUUUGGUUUGUUUUUUUAAUACUUGGCUAUACACACCCAAUAUAAUUGGGCACCGUUUCGGCAUAAAAAAAAAUUGGCGCUGUUCAAGCACUGUUUCGGCACCGUUCUGGCACCAAAACCUUUCGACACCAAAAUUUGGCACCGGACAAGUCAGUCCAUUUGGUGCCGAAACAUCACCGAAAUUUGGCACCAAAACGGUGUCGAAAAUCAGAUUGCAUUUUGGGGGUGUAG